CAGUUUAUAACCUAUAAUGUGAACGGGUUGAGUUGUCCAGGGAAGAGAUUUAGGUUGUUUAAUGAGUUACAUCAUAGGGCUACGUCAGUGGUAUUUUUACAGGAGACGCAUUUUGAGAUAGAGGUAAACGUGAAAUUGAAAUCCAAACACUAUCCAACAUGGUAUUAUGCAGAUUCUCCAAUUAAAAGAGCAAAAGGGGUUGCAAUAGGUUUUGCAAAGAAUAUGAGAUUUGAGCUGGAGGAUAGAAGAAUCGACCCUGAGGGGAGGUUUUUAUUCUUAAAAGGUAGACUCCAGGGGAUUGAGUGUACUUUAGCCAAUAUAUACUGCCCUAAUAAAAACCCGGAGAUGUAUAUGAAGGGUCUGCUGAAAAAAUUAAUGGAAUUUAAAACAGGGCGCCUGAUAGUAGCUGGAGACCUAAAUUUCUGUAUGGACCCACAAAAGGAUAAUACCUCUUCUGUGCAAAGAGAGGGGAGUAGGUCUCUGAGAGCUCUGAAAAAAGUGAUGCAUGAAUAUCAACUAGUGGACACUUGGAGAAUAAAGCAUAUGAAAGACAGAGACUAUACCUUCUUCUCUAAUGCACAUGAGAUAUACUCGAGAUUAGAUUACAUCUUAAUAGACCAUCAACUUAUAGAUCAUCUGGUUAAAAUUGACAUAGAGACAAGGACGUUCUCGGACCAUGCCCCGGUUGUAAUGAAAAUGGGAUGGGGAAGAAGGUGGACGGGAGGAUUAGGGUGGAGGUUAAAUGAGGGUCUUCUUCUGGAUGAGGAUGUAGUUCAGAAAAUCGAGAAAGAGAUUAAGAUAUACUUUAAGGAGAACGAAACAAAGGAAGUAUCGAUAGCUACAGUCUGGGAAAGCCAUAAGGUAUUCAUAAGAGGAAUCUUGAUUGUGGCAGGAGCAAGGAAGAAAAAGGAAAGAAGAGAGAGGGUUAGUGGGCUCUUAAAAGAAAUAUUGGACUUGGAGCAGAUCCAUAAGAAGAAAAUAACAAAAGAUACGAGACAGAGUGUUAUCGGAUAAAAAAGAUGAGCUAGAGAGGUUGAUGGAAGAGGAGAAGAGAAGAGUAUACAACAGGGUUUUGAACGAAAGAUAUAGAUGGGCAGACAGACCAGGAAGAUAUUUAAUGAGAGCUUUGAAUAAAAAAAAAAGUAGGAACUAUAUAGAAAAGAUAAAAAGUUCAAAGGGGGAGUUGGUCCACUCAAAUAAAGAGAUUAUUAAAGAGUUUACAGAGUAUUACAAAAAGUUAUAUAAUAUUAGCCCCCAAGGCCCCCUAAAAGAAGCCCAAGAGGGAAUUAAUGAAAAAAAGAUGACAUACUUAAAAAAUGCGGGAUUACCAAAACUAAGUGAAGCAAAGUUGAACUCCCUAGAUGCAGAAAUCUCCCAGGAAGAAAUUAAAAAUAGCAUUAAGAAGAAGCACAGGGGGGGGGGGGGAAAUCCCAGGCCCGGAUGGAUAUACAGUUAAAUACUAUAAGAAAUUUAGUGAAGUACUGCUACCCAAGUUGGAGAAAUAUAUGAAUGCUUUGGGAGGUGGGAUGGAAGUGAGGAGAGAAUCUCUACAGGCCCAUGUAGUACUUAUUCACAAAGAGGGAAAAGAUCCAUCUCAGUGCUCCAGCUAUAGACCUAUCUCAUUAUUAUUGACACUAAACUGUAUGCAAAGGUGUUAGCAAACAGGUUGACGGAUCUGAUGCCUGAAUGG